UUUUUCUUUUUAUUUUCUAAUAGAUACACAUUAUAUUAUAUAUUAUUAAAUUGUUAAAAAAUGUAUGUAUUUUCUUACAUAAAAGGUAACUUGUUCUAACUUUAAUUUUUUUAUAUAAAAACUUUUAUAAAUAUAUAUGUAACUACUAGACAAUAUAUGUACUAGAGAAACGUUUUAACCAAUUAAGUCACGACUCGUGUUAUACACUUGAUAUUGUUAUAUACUUCUAUUAAGAUAAUACCAUCAUCUGGGCGCCGUGGCUUAGUUGGUUAAAGCGCCUGUCUAGUAAACAGGAGAUCGAGGGUUCGAAUCCCUCCGGGGCCUUCCGGAUCCACAAUCGAUCCGUUUCGUUUUAAUUUUGCUCUUUUGAGAUAUCUCAGUAACAAAAAAACUGUAAACUCUCUUUCAAAGAUAUAAAAAAUAAGAAAUAUUUUUUAAAAAUAAUUGCCAAAAACAGUUUAUUUUUGUUAAAUAUUAACAAUGAAACAAUAAAAUUUUUUUAUACAUUUUAUAAAUUUAAAAAAAAAUUAUUAUUUAAUGAAAUAACUCUCACCAAUGAGAAGAUCCGUGAAAGAGUAAAUUUGUGAUGCUUGUGGAUCUUAUUGUUAGCCUAUUGAAAUCAUUCGAAUUCGAAAGGAAUUCACUUUCGUAAACUGUCCUAGACCAUCAACGCAAUAAUAGAAUCUAAUUUCCUGUUCGCGAGAACCGAGAUCAAGGUAUUGUAUGUCCGCAUGCAGUCGAUUCUCAGUUUAACUUGUGUAAAUGCGGCCACAGUCAUAAGCGUAUUUAUAACUGCUUAACGCGUAAUACCAAUUGCAGCAUUGCCGUCUAAAAACAUUCCGGUCUAAAUUAAAGCACGAUCAUUGCUUAGAUAUGCGUGAAAAUUAUUCGUGGCUGUUCAACCGGCUGCAAUGCGCGUUAUAAAUCACUAAACGAGUGAAAAAUUUCCAUAGAAAUUAGAUGACUUAAGAAAAAACUUGAAACUCAAUGUCUUUUCUUUAAUAAGAUGACUCAGUUAUAUUCUAUAAUAAUUACUAAUAUUCAUGAAUCUUUAAUUUAUGAAAAUCUUAGUUAUGAUAUGGAUGAAACAUUAUAUCGCUUAAGUGUGUCUACGCUAUCAGCAGUUUCUUGCAAUUCUUGAAUUCUUUGAUGUUAAACAAUUAUAUGAUAAUGUUUAUGAUGAUGUAUGUGGUACGAAACAAACGAUCUUCGCCGUGACUUAUAAAUCUAUCAAUCUUAAUUUAUAUUCUUCUAAAGAAAGAGAGUAUGCAAGAACAAUUGCGUUCAACAUGCACAAUUUAUUACGUAUAGCGCGAUCAAACACCUAAAUGAUCAAAUUAGUAUUAUUCAUAUUGCGAUAUUAUCUAUCUCGCAUAUUUUACUGUAUUAAAUUUACUUUUAUUAUUACUUAAGCAUAAAAUUUUAUAAUGCGGGUUAUUUAACGCAUGAUCCAUAUCAAUUUUAUUAUUUCCGCUUUGCGAUUUUAAUUAAUCUGUUGGAUAAAUUUAUUAAUUAUUUUAUCUAUUUAUGAUAAAAAGUCAUUGUGUUAUCAACGGAAUUAAGUCAUAAUUCUUAGACGCAGGAUCUUAUUAACCGACAAGAACAGGAUUUCCUACCAAAAUCACUCAAUGUCUAGCAAUUAAUUCCUUCCGCCGCCAAAUUUGUGGUUUUCUAUUUCGAGGUAGAUUUCUGCCGAAAUUAUUCCUUCCUUAUGAUAAGGAAAAAUAGUCUGAUUAUAAUGUUAAAUUAUAAAUGUUAUAAAGCAAUAAUAAAAAACAUGUAAUAUACAUAAAUUGAAUUUUAUAAUAAUUCAACCUAAAGCUAUUUGUUUAAUCAAUAAUUGACUACGGUAUCCUGGCAACUGGACACGUUUAUCAAUUUUAGCGGAUAUCAGUCGCGCAUACAGUGCCACAUUCGAUAUGCGUAAAAGAUUCUCUCUCUUCUAAUACAGGUACUUAAACGAAAGUCAAAAGUGAAGUGUUUAUAAGCAAUGGGUAAUACAGAGAGCAAUGUUACGAGUGGCGUGAAGAAACAAACGGAUACAUCGUCUAUCGUGCUUUAUAAAUUAGUCGAUUUAAAAGGCGGUGGUUUGUUAGUUGAUAUGAUGAAAAGAGCCACUCAAACAAAACAGUUUGCAGAAUUAGAUCAUGCGGUGAGAACAAAAGUCGAGCCCUUUUUAUACAACAAAGGAGAAGGCAAGUGGAUACCUAUAGAAAAAUUGGUUCUCUUACGAAAUAAAGAUCGUCCGCGACACAAAAUGCUACCACCAUUAAGAGCUAUGGAAAAUCCUGCGGAUUAUGAUAUAGAUAAAGAUAUGGCCAAUGAAGAAGUUGAUGAAACUAAGAUAGAUAAAAGCAAAUAUAGAUUAGUGUGCUGGAAUUUGAGUGAGAGAGGAGCUGUCGGCGAAACUAUUUUGCAUUUGUGUAUGUUAAACGCUACUGCCCUCCACGCCGAUUUGGCAAAAAGACUGUUACGUUUCUAUCCGAAGCUUAUAAACGAUAUUUAUCUAUGCGACGAAUAUUACGGAGAAAAUGUGUUACAUAUUGCUAUUGUGAACGAGGAUCCGUCGAUGGUCAAGUUCCUUCUCGACAGCGGCGCGGAUGAUCCGCGCAUUAUCCACGAGAGAUGCUUCGGUAAUUUUAUGUGCCCGGAAGAUCAGAAAGCAUCGAGAUAUGAUAGUCUAGACCAUGAGUGGGUGUGCGUCGCACCAGAAACCAAUUAUAACGGAUAUGUGUAUUGGGGAGAGUAUCCCUUAAGUUUUGCCGCAUGCCUUGGUCAGGAAGAAUGCUACAGACUUAUACUCGCCAGAGGCGCAGAUCCGGACAAGCAGGACACCAAUGGGAACACCGUUUUGCAUAUGCUGGUGAUAUACGAAAAAUUGGCUACGUUCGAUAUGGCCUAUGAAGUGGGAGCUUCUCUAGAUCUAAGAAACGUCCAACAUCUGACUCCGUUGACUUUGUCAGCAAAGCUGGCUAGAAUAGAAAUGUUUUUUCACAUUCUGAAUAUCGAGAGAGAGAUAUACUGGCAAAUUGGUAGCAUAACUUGCGCAGCCUAUCCUUUGUCGCAAAUAGAUACGAUCGACGUUAAUACAGGAACAAUCAACAACAAUUCUGCUCUAAAUUUAGUUGUUUUUGGUGAAAAAGAUGAACAUUUAGAGCUAAUGGACGGCGUCCUAAUUGAUCUACUAAACGCUAAAUGGAACACUUUUGUUAAAUUUCGAUUCUACCGUCAAUUCAUUCUCUUCUACUUUUAUUUUGUGCUGUCGCUGAUUAGUUUCACUCUUCGUCCUGGCCCGCAAAUAGAUGAAAACGCGAAUGAUACAUUGACGAGCACAAAUUCAUUCAACAUAACGACGAUGGAAUCUACGAUUCUCAAGUCACUCCAAAGUUCGGAUCUAUCGAAUUUAAUCACAAACAGUUUCACAGCGGCUUUCACUUCAAAUCUCAAAUCAUCCUUAAAUAUAACGCAAGAGUCAUUGGAGAAGAUUCAGCUGCAAGUGACAUCGAAUAUUACAUCGGCUUUGAGAAGCAUCUUACUUUUAACACUGAACAAUAAUGAGGGUCUCCUAAGUUCUCUUGAUGAAGCCACCGUUCAUACACCAUGGUACAUCGAUAACUCUCAAAAUGCGUCGGAUUAUUUCACGAAUACGAAUAGCAAAACUAUUAUAAUCGAUGUUAACUCAACCGCCAAGACGAUCAUCGAAGAUAUCACACUGCUAAAAAAAUUUAAUCAUCACGACAAAUGGUGGAACGAUCUUACGGAGGAAUGCAGGCUGAUGCAAUUGACAAUAAGCGGAAAAAUUCGUCUAACUGCGGAAGUUGUGAUGUAUUUUGCGGCAGUGCUCUAUAUCGUGGCUGCGUUGCGAGAAGCGAGAUUUUUAGGUCUUAACAUGUUCAUUGAAAAUCUCAUGACGGCGCCGUCGCGUGUGAUGUUUCUGUUCUCGUGUUGCAUCUUAAUGUCGUUUCCAGUUCUGAGAUUUUCCUGCGCCGAUGAGGUCGAAGACAUGCUGGCAGUCGUAGUGAUGCUAACAACGGCGCCGUAUUUUUUAUUCUUUUGUCGAGGUUUCAAAACAGUCGGACCGUUUGUCGUGAUGAUUUACAGAAUGAUUACGGGCGAUCUCCUCAGAUUCGUCUCUAUCUAUCUCGUCUUCGUAAUGGGAUUCUCUCAAGCAUAUUACAUCAUAUUUUUAUCAUUUGACAAUCCGAACACUCCAGAAGGAGUUGACGAUUCGAUAACGAAUCCGAUGCCAUCGCCGAUGGAAAGCGUUAUGGCGAUGUUUCUGAUGAGUAUGACGAAUUUUGGCGAUUACUUUGGCGCGUUUGAUAGAACCGAGCAUGAAUUCGAAGCCAAGCUGCUGUUUGUGUUAUAUAUGGCAAUCGUGGCAAUCCUGCUCGUAAACAUGUUGAUUGCUAUGAUGGGCAACACUUACCAGAAGAUCGCUGAAACCAGAAAUGAGUGGCAGAGACAAUGGGCGCGUAUAGUCUUGGUCGUGGAAAGAGGCGUAAGUCCCGCUGAAAGAUUAAAAAAAUUGAUGGAUUAUUCUCAGCCCAUGUCCGACGGUCGUAAAGCGUUGGUUCUCCGGUUAAAUCAAACUGAGCAAGACAAGGAGGAAAUGAAAGAAAUACUCGAGAUGAAAAGAACCCACGAUAAAUUAGUAAAGAAAAGACAAAACAGAAUGUCAAAGGAAAAAGUUUUAUCUGAAACGGAAGCUAUUAUUACUAGAUAA